AUGUCAGACAUACAUAACUCCCCGGCUCGGAGUCUGGGAGAGUCGGAGAACGAGUCCGAGACUUGGGAGUUGGUCACUGAAGUUCCGGGAACUCCUGAUCAAACCAUCAUCGAUGGCUGGCUCAAGUUCAGGGAUGCCAAGAAGUGGAAGCAGCGUUGGGGAGUCGUAACCAAACUGUCGCCUGCUGCAGAUUGCCUGCAUCUACAGUUGUACAGGGACAGCAAGGACAGAUACAAACAAGGGCAAACCAAGGCAUCCCUCUCUCUACAGCACUUUCUGGGGGUACAGUCAGGAUUCACACUUGACAAGGAGUCCAACACGAUAGCUAUAAUCUGUCAGGAUGUGACUGUAGUUCUGGCCUUUGACACCAGGGAGAGACUGAUACAGUGGCAAGUCAAGAUAGCCAACAAUCUGGGAGAAGAUGAGCAGUUCCUGGUACAGGUAUCGUCAGGUCCUCAAAGAGCCAAGCUGUCCCCGGGCCCUGCGCUACUACAUGUCCUGGAGAGACAGUUCUGUCUGACUGUCGGAGUCCCUCCGCGGCUGGUAGGCUGUUGGCAGAUCAACCAGCUCAGGAGGUAUGGAGUCGUAGAGUCGAGGUUCUGCUUCGAGGGAGGUUCUCGCUGUGGGAAGGGAGAAGGAUUGUAUGUGCUGGUGACAGACCAGGGAGACCAGAUCACCAGGACAUUCAGACUGGCCGCAGAGGGAAAGUUGGCGUCCAAAAAGAGACCAGCAUCAAGAAACACCUCAGACAGUCCUAAGAAGAGCAGUCACAACAGACCAGACACCCGGUUGUCAGACAUGAGUGGUGUGGAGGUCUCCAGUGGUGGACCACAGCUGACUGCCGAGCUAACAGCAGACGACGGUUGUUGUGGAUGUACCUGCGGCCAUGACGAGAUCAGCUGGCCUGUAGCCGACCUUGCUGCGGACUUUGCUGACGCUAGCUCCAUGGCUGAUUUUAUGGAUCCUCACAACAGGGAGGGGCUGUGGCCUGAUGAGAUGGGUUUGGAGCGUUGUGCCAGUUGUAUCAGCAAACUGGGAGCUCUGUCUCGCUCCUCCACAGCAGCCAUUACCCCCAACACUUCCUUCACUCCUGCCUGGACCAUGGAGGCAAACCCUGCUGGUUCCAAGAUUGAACAAAACCGGACAACUGAUAGAACGAACAGUGCAUGUCCAAACAGCCAAGCUCAUGCAAAUGAAGAGUCUUCUUCUGGAAAUAAAUCUAGAGCAGCAUGCUGGAACUCAAAACAAAACCAACCCUCUGGUAUGGAUAGAUGUGCAUGUUGUCCUCCUGCUCGGCCUCCAAAACCAGGACAUCUCAGCUGCCAACCUACCACGUCUGCCAACAGCUCUCCAAAGAAGAAACAAAAUGCUGCAACCAACUCAUCGAGCUGUACUUGUAAUGUAACGGUCAACCCAUACGACAACUAUGACGUUCCAAAAGCUCCACAGGGUUAUCCAUGUGCAAAGGACCAAAACUGCCACUGGUUUCAAAACCCUCUCGCUCAAGAUCCCGAGUUCUAUGACACUCCUAAGACUCUGAAAGAAAACAUUGCAUCAGAACUUGGCAACUAUGACACACCUCCUCCAAUACUCUUGGAGAGGAAACAAAUGUGCACGAGUAUACAGAAGAACCAAUUCUUGACAAGAGUGGUCAUUGACAAUGAAGACAUGCACAUGGUGGCUUGUCCCUGUCAAAGAAUGUUUUGCUGGGCCGAGAACUGGAUGUUCUUCCCCUACUGUCGCAGAGGCAACGGCAGAGAGAGUACAGCCCCUCCACCUUUGCACAAAAAGGCAACACAAUGUGGAGCGCAAGUACUGCUGAACAAUCUUAGUACAGUUUAUGCAACAGUGGAUAAAUCAAAGAAGAUAAAAAAUCGACAACCCUUGGACGAACAAAGUGCAUUUGAAAUGUCCCAGUCAUCAAAUUCAGAACAGCCACACAGAUCUCCCUAUGAUGAGAAAAUAUCAAAUGAAAAGCCAAACCAAGAUUCAUCUGAGGUUAACAUAAACACUGGUCAAACAGAUCCAAACUACAUGAACUUUGAUUUUGUAAAGUCACUGGAAUUUUACGAAAACUCCAAGGACCUCAUGCAAAAGUCAUGUCAAGUUAAAAGAGGAAAUAAAACAGAUGAAUCUAAAUCCGUCGGCACAAAUACAACACCACAAACCCCAGAUUUGGGAGUUAAGAUUUGUACCAAGUGUAGACACGAGUGCAAAUGGCCUCCUCCAAACUCUGGAACCAAGCAAGAUGAUUAUCUGAUGAUGGAGCCAUCAGGAUCAGAAAACAGCAUUCGUACAAGUGACCAGCAAGUCAGCUCAUGUAGACACAUCCCAGGAUAUCUUCCAAUGCAUCCGAUUGGAUCUUCGACUAUGAGCAACCAAGAUCUUCUCCGGCUGAAACUGUACCAGCAACAAGUAAGUGGACAUGAGAGAGCGUCUAGUUCACCAAGUCUGAUAGACAAUUCUGACAAAUGCAGAAAAAGAUUUGAUGUAGAAGUACAAAGAGCUGGAACAUCAAUGUUUGGCUUCAACCAGUCCAUCUCUGCAGCCAAUAGUCCGUACUUGAGAAGAAGAGUUCUUGGUUGUUUACACGAGUCUGCAGAAAGUGAAACGAGGAAACGAGCUUGUUCAGCAGAUUCUGCGAACAUCUUGCAUGAAUCACGACUUUCACAUCAGUCUGGGUCAUCUUCCGAUUCCAGAGAAGAGCGUCAGUAUGAAGAGAAUGUCAAACAUCCUAAGAAGACAGUUGAUUUCAACAUGGAAACUAUCAUGUUGAAUGAAAGUGAAAGGAACUCAAGUCGGAAUAUAUCAAGUCUGAGUCAAGAACCUUCAGUAAGCAAAGAAGUGGAGUAUGAAAAUGUUCAAACAAUCAAGUCAAACGAGCCAUUAGUUCAUGUGAGAAGAUCUUCAAGUGCUCCUAGUAAAUCGAAUCAUAAUAGAGACUCUUCAAGUUCCAACGACUCGGGGGUUUCUAGUUGUUCCUUGAAGAAACUAAGUAAUUUUGCCACUGAUGUUAAGCCCGGCAGUUCAUCGACGGGCAGGAGGUACACCUAUACAACGACUGAUAAAGACUUGCUUUGUGAAUGUUUUCAUUCUUCACUACCACGAAGGUCAAAAUCAGUUGAUCCACUGCGAGACUUAGCGUUCCAAUUCCAAAAAGUUGAUGUACCAAUGAAGUCCUCAUCAGCUGAAGCUGAAGUGCCGUUGUUUCAUGCCAAACGAGAUUCUAGAGGAUGUCUCAGUCCAGGAGCCGCAGUUCCCUACAUGGACUCUCGCAGCACCAGCAGUGGCACGUCCGACAUGUCCGACUACUUUGAAACUCUCUCUCUCUCCUCCUUCAGUUCAUAAAACAGCUGAUUAUCCUCUGUUUCCAGGAUGUCUCAGUCCAGGAGCCGCAGUUCCCUACAUGGACUCUCGCAGCACCAGCAGUGGCACGUCCGACAUGUCCGACUACUUUGAAACUCUCUCUCUCUCCUCCUUCAGUUCAUCUGAUACCCCAGACAGUCUUCAUUUCGGCCAUCAGGCAGUUUGUACCAUGAGGCCUCGAUCAGGGAAAGAAUACCAGAAAAUCGACAGCAUUAUGGAUACUGAGUUGAAGAAAACUCAUCACUCCUUGCCAGCAGAAAAGAGCGACACACCUUCACAACAGAAAGAGGACUUAUGAGAUGUAAAUGUCAUUCGGAUAGCUCAGGUGUAUUUUAUUCUAGUCACUUAAUUACAAAAUGUAAAGUAAUUGUUAACACUAGGAGUAAUUUAUCAUAUUUGAACAUUCCAAACUACUUAAACAUCCUAAGGCCUAAUAAUUUUUUUUAUAAAGAAACUAGAGAGCUUAAUUUUGCUUGUUAUACAUAUCAAGUGUUAAAAUGUUUACGAGUUCAAAUUUUAACCUGAUAUUGUGAAUAAUUAAAAUAUAUAAAUGAAUAAAUAAUUGCUGAUUUAACAAUAAGUUAAUGUAAAAGAUUUCUAAAGUUUUUCUAGAACAUUUCUGAAAGCAAUAAUUGAAGCCGUAAUGCAUAUAUCAAUUUUGUAAAUAGCUAAAACUAAAGAGGAUAAACAGAAUUUAUUUUGAUAUUUAUUUAUGACAUUAGA